CUAGGCUUGACGGACAGCAGCCGCGAGGUGGUCCAUGCGGGCCCGCUCUUCCGGCAGACCGAGAAUAGCCCGCUGAAGCGCGCCAUGAGCAGCUGGAAGCAGCUCUGGGUCGUCCUUUUCGACAACUACCUCGUGAUGGCGAAGCAGAAAGGCCACGGCGCCGACGCGCGCUACGUCGUAUGGAAACCCCCAGUGCGUCUGGAGCUCCUCGCGCUCGAGAGCCUCUCGAUCCGCCCCGUGCAGCGCAGCAACACGCUCAGCCGCAUGAUGCGCCCCGGGCGGAGCGACUCCUCCGCAUCCGGGCGCAUCUCGCCCGACCCCGCGCUCGCCUGGGACACGCACCCCGGGAGCGCGGACACGUACUAUCCGCUUUCGAUACAGGCGCACGGGAAGCACGGGGCAUCGUAUACCCUGUACACGCGUACUGUUGAGGAGCGCAGUGAGUGGCGGCGGAAGAUGCGCGAGGCAAUCGAGGCGCGCAAGGCGGUGAGGGAGGCGGGGAGUAUCUUCCGGCUGGAGACGAUCACGGCGGACACGGCGUCGAGCCAGGAGGUCCCGGCGCAGCAGGCGGGGUUGGUGACCGGCCGGGUGUUUUGCACACUUCCGUUUGGGUUGGCCGACGGCCGUCGUUUCAUUGCCAUAGGAAGCGAGGAUGGCGUGUGGAUAGGCAUGCCGAACCGACCGCAAUCAAUACGACGAGUGAUGUCCCUGAAGAUGGUCACCCAAAUCGCGUUUAUCGCCGAGUAUGGUUUUCUGAUAUUUCUAGCUGACAAGGUGCUUCAUGCGGCCGAUAUUGAAAGUGUGGUGCCGAGCAACACCAAGCAGGGAGAGCAGCCAGCAGCAUUCGGGUUGCAGAGACUAAGUAAUCCCCAUACGCCCAUCCACUUCUUCAGCGUUGGGUGCUGGGCAGGGCGAACUCUUAUCAUUUCCAAGAAGAGGAAGGGUCUAGACAGCGUUUUCCGUAUUUUGGAGGUAACUCGCUCCAAGGAGCCAUGGGCAGCGCAGGAACCGCCAAAGAUCGUAGUCUACAAGGACUUUUUCUUGCCCUCAGACGCGCACGACAUUCUGUUCCUCAAGACCAAAGUUUGUGUCUUAUGUGCAAAAGGCUUCGAGAUCAUGGAUCUGGAGGACUUCUCGAGUGCCACUAUCCCAUUGGAUGAAGACCUGCGCGGGCUGGGCAAGCGGCCGGGCACAUGCAAGCCCAUCGCAAUGUUCCGCAUACGAAACGACGAGUUUCUCCUAUGCUACGAAGGUAAAGCCGGUGUCCCUACAUUCAUUCAGGCCAACUGA